CUGGCUCGUCAUUCAUUUUCGCAACACAACACUCGACACGAGAUGGAGUCGCGGGAGUACAAGCUUGUUGUGCUGGGCAGCGGCGGUGUCGGCAAGUCCGCGCUGGUGAUCCGCUUGGUCACAGACAACUUCCUGGAAGACUACGAUCCGACGAUCGAGGACAGCUACCGCAAGCAAGUCGAGAUCGACCAGCGACAGGCGUUGUUGGAUAUUCUGGACACCGCCGGUCAAGAAGAGUACACGACGAUGCAGGACGAGUGGAUGCGCGAAGGCAAGGGUUUCCUCUUGGUGUACAGCGUCACGAGUCAAACCACGUUUGACGAAAUCAAAACCGUCAAAGACAAGAUCCUUCGCGCCAAGGACAUCAACCGCGUGCCGUUGGUGUUGGUCGGCAACAAGUGCGACUUGGACCGCAACCGGCAAGUGAGCUUGGCGGCGGGGAAGGCCCUGGCCGCGGAAUGGGGCUGUCCGUUCAUGGAAACCAGUGCCAAGGAGCGCAUCCGCAACGAAGAAUGUUUCUUCGAAGUCGUGCGCGAAAUCCGAAAACAGGACGCGGCCAAGCGACCGGCGCCCAAAUCGAACGGCACGAAGAAGAAGGUCGAAAAGAAGGGCGGGUUCUGCUCCAUCCUCUAGGUCCAACAUAUCUCAGCUACCGCCGCCGCUCGCCUCGUCAGUGUGUGCCACCCCCCAUCCAUCCCUUCUUAGACAUAUCCCGAUAACCGUUUCUUGCAUUCUUGUUCCAUCAA